AAAAUGACAGAUGGAGAGAUCUCAGCAGUCAGCUGGAGCAGCCAGGCGCCAGCAUCUGGGACUGCUUGUCGGACAAGGGCGAGGAGGGCUCACGCUGGCCGAGGGAGACGACCACCAGCACCUGCUCCGUCACCAACCUGAUCAAAGACCUCAGCCUCAGCGACCCCCACGGCAACCCCUCAGCUCCCCCCAGCAAGCGCCAGUGCCGCUCACUUUCGUUUUCGGAUGAGAUGUCGAGCUGUGGGACCUCGUGGAGACCCUUGGGCUCGAAGGUUUGGACCCCGGUGGAGAAACGGCGGUGUUAUAGUGGGGGGAGCGUGCAACGCUACUCCAACGGCUUCGCCACCAUGCAGAGGAGCUCAAGCUUCAGCCUGCCCUCGCGUUCCAACCCGCUCUGCAGUGACCAUCCCGUCCUCAGCAGCCGGCUGGGAUGCCAGCCAAGGAAAUUGGCCAGUGGCGGGCACGGAGGAGACCGGGUGGACAUGCAGAGGUCCCUCUCCUGCUCACACGACCACUUCUCCUCCUCGGAGUACUUGUCCCGAAGCCGCUCGCAGCCCUGCGUCCUGAACGACAAAAAGGUCGGGGUCAAGCGACGGAGACCAGAGGAGGUUCAGGAGCAACGGCCCUCGCUGGACCUCGCCAAGAUGACCCAGUUUUAUGGUUCAACGUUUCCCAUGUCAAUAAUUUACAGUGGUAAAGCCAACGACCCCACCAGCUCUGUGCGGGCUGGAGACAUCGGUGGCUCUGAAGACCCCAGGGCUCUUGCUACAGGAGCGGGGUUCACCCCAGCCACCUCCCAAGGGAACCUCUGGCAGCGAUUCGUCGGCCGCUGGUUGCUCCAUCCGUACGUGCGGCGCAGGACAUCCCACGUGAACGGGAAACGUGCCUUUGCCACCAUGCGCUGGCAACCGCAGCUCUUCUCGAGUCGCCAUCAAUAA